AUGAAAACACAAAAAUAUGAACAUCUACUCAAUGAAUAUUCGAAGAUCAUUGGAAUAUUCAAUGAACUAUCACCGCUUAUCGAUUCAAUCAAAGAAAAUGCUAAACUCGUUGAGAAACACACACAAACAUUUUGUUUCUACAAGGAAAACCAAAAUUCAACUCGUGAUUUAUCCAAAGAAUCAGCAGCAUUUCUCUGGUUUCAAUUAUUUAAAGAUGUUAUUCUGAAAAUGCCUCAAACCGAAAAGUCGAAACAAGAAAUGAUUAGAAUAUGUCGAGACUAUUAUCGUGGAAACAGUAAGGAACUGAAAUAUGUUGAAGAAUUUGAAAAGGAAUAUAAACCUGAUGACUCGAUUCGAUGGUACACAAAGGAGUCUUUCAUUUAUAAACUCAUUAACAAAGCCCUUCGAACAGAAGAAAUCGAACAGCUAUACACAUUCCGAUUUUUUAUUUCGAAUCUCUCCUCUUGUCUUGGUAAGGAAAGCCAACGAAUCCAACGUGGUCAAGCUCCCAUUAAUGUGUAUCGAGGAGACAUAUUACCCAAUGCUGAACUAGAAAAGCUCAAAGCAAAUGAAGGCAAAUUAAUAUCAAUGAACGGCUUUUUAUCAACUAGUCGUUCUCGUGAACUGGCAUUACGUUUUGCGCGUAAGCCGACGAAAAGGACUGGUGUAUUUUCCGUACUAUUUCAUAUUCAAUGCUAUAUGACAGGAGAAUCAAGCGACAUCAUCUUCGCUGAUAUAACUGAAUUGAGUCAUUUCCCUGAAGAACAAGAAGUUUUGUUUGAUCUAGGAGCAGCCUUUCGAAUCGAAUCGAUUCACUUUGAAGACAAGCUUAAUCUGUGGCAUAUCAGAUUGAAAGCAACAAAUGAGGGAGCCCAAAUCGCACAAGAGUAUAUCGAACUAAACAAAAAAGAUAUUGAUGAGAGAACUGUCAGUGUUUCGAUCAUGUUCGGGCGUCUGCUUGCUGAUAUGGGACACUAUGACAAAUCACAAAACUAUUUUGAGAAACUUUUGACUGACUCAGCUGCCGACGAAGAUGUAGCUUCAAUCUAUCACAAUAUAGGUCGAGCUCAAAAUUUUAAAGGUAAAUAUGAUCAAGCUCUAGAGUCCUUCAUGAGAUCUCUCAGAAUGAAAAAAAUUUUCCUUCCUCCGAAUCAUGCCAGUACCGCUGACACUCUGGAUAAUAUUGGUGUAGCUUAUCGUUCGAAGGGCGAGUAUGAUCGAGCUCUGGAGUACCACAUGAAGUCUCUCGAAAUGAAAGAAAUUUGCCUUCCGUUGAAUCAUGCCAGUACUGCUGACACUCUCUCACAUAUUGGUGGUGUUUAUGACUCGAAGGGCGAAUAUAAUCGUGCUCUGGAGUACCACAUGAAGUCUCUCGAAAUGAAAGAAAUUUGCCUUCCAUCGAAUCAUACUAGAACCGCUGACACCCUCAAUAGUAUUGGUCUGAUUUAUCAAUCGAAGAGCGAAUAUGAUAGAGCUCUGGAGUACUACAUAAAAUCUCUCAAAAUGAAACAAAUAUGCCUUCUUCCGAAUCACGCGAGGCGAAUACGAUCGAGCUCUGGAGUACUACCUGAAGAGUCUCGAAAUGAAAAAAAUUUGCCUUCCUCCGAAUCAUGGCGAAUAUGGUCGAGCUCUGGAUUACUUCAUAAAAUCUCUCAAAAUGAAAGAAAUUUGCCUUCCUCCAAACCAUAA